UUAAACUGACUGGAUAUUUUUUUUCUGUAGAAGAAUGAUGGGUGAAUUGUUUGCUGUUCUUGAACCAGAACUUAUCAACUUCAUUUCUUACUAUGACAAAGUUGAUGGUUUUUAUUCCAUGUAUCUGCUGGUGAGACUGAGCCAACAUGUUAUGUCAGCUCAAGAUACUGGUUCAUUUUUGAGCAAAACAUUUGGAAAUGCUCUUGUACAAGCCAAACGGAACUUUGACAAAUUUAUGCAAUCCCAAAUGAAGUCUAUAGAAGAAGCCAAAGUGUCUAAAAAAUCCAAAUGUGGGAUUUUGCCAUUUAUUACAAAUUUUCAGAACUUCUCAUGCCAGGCCGAGAAGAUAUUUCAAGGUUCUGAGAGACAUGCUGAUCUGGAUAAAUGGUACACUAAAUUAGUUCAUGCUAUGGUUGAUGCAAUCAAUAGAAUUGCUCUUGAACAUCUGAAGACUCCACAAGAAGUUGUUUUGAUGGAAAAUUUUCACCAUCUGUACACAUUGUUAUACCAACUGAAAAUCAUGUGUUUGGAAGCUGAGAGAAAAGAUGCACAGCAGAAAUAUAAAGAUGCUCUACAGGCUUAUGUCACAAAAUAUUUUGGAAGACCAUUAGAGAAGCUAAAUCUCUUUUUUGAUGGAGUGCAAAGUAAAGUAGCUCAAGGAGUGAAAGUGGAAGAAGUCAGUUUUCAGUUGGCUUACAACAAACAAGAACUUAGGAAAGUCAUCAAAGAAUAUCCUGGCAAGGAAGUGAAGAAGGGGUUAGAGAGCUUGUACAAGAAAGUGGAGAAGCAUUUGUGUGAAGAAGAGAACUUACUUCAAGUUGUUUGGCACUCCAUGCAAGACGAAUUUAUCAGACAAUACAAGUAUAUUGAAGGCCUAAUUGAACGCUGCUACCCGGGUUCAAUGAUAAUUCUGGAAUUUACAAUUAAUGAUAUUCUUGAAUUCUUUUCUGAAAUAGCUCGGUCUCACUAAUUGUUCAUUAUUGUAUCGCAAAAAAAAAAGAGAUUUAAUACUAAGCCAAUAAAACCAGUAGUAUAUCAUGCA